CAGUUGACUCACAGCUUGCUGAUGAACUGGAUUUUAUAGUUGUUUGCUUGGCAAGAGACUUAGUUAAAGACGAGGCGAGCGAUGACUGGGUGACACUGACCCAGAGACUCCCAUUGUACGGUGGAAUGCUGGCAGCGCCGCUGAACGGUGACAUACCUGCGGGAAACCAACAUUAUCCUAUUAACCACCAGCAGCCAGAUCCUCCUCCAGAGUCACUGAGUAAACAGCACCUGGCACCUCACAACAGGCAGAUCACUAAGAGGACAGUGCUGUCAUCAAAGCGUAUGUGCUUUAAGCCUAACCAGACCAAACAGGCUCAAGCCGGCAGGCACACAGGAACAACCCUCCAGCAGCUUGCGAACUCUGCCAUCCUGGAUUAACAAACCGGUGUGCGAAGCCUGGCACUCAGAAAUAUCCCUGCAGCCAUCAAGCAGUGGGUACGCUCACAUCCAGGAGCUUCCCUCUGCUAGAUGAAGAAACACACGUGACUGUGAAAGGAAAAUGAGCGGAAUGAGACCAGAUGCCAAGCUCUUGAGGAGGUGGAUGGAGCUGAGCGAGGAGGUGACGCUGGAAGAAGAUGUGAUAGAGAACCAUUCCACAUCGGUUAGGCAGCUGGAGAAUAACGCAUCAUCGGCCUGUGUGUGGAGAGAUCUGCACCUGGCUGCUUGGAAUGGUAACACACAUCUGGUGAAGCAGCUGCUGAAGCGGGGGGCAAUGAUAGAGAGCAGAGACCAAAAUGGAUGGACGCCCUUACACGGUGCCACACUGAACGGAUACCUCAGCAUGGUUAAAUUCCUCGUGCAGCGCGGAGCUGCAGUCCAUGCCAUGGAUCAGUCACGCUACACACCACUGCAUCACGCUAGCUGGAAUGGCCAUACCCAAGUGGCCAAGUUCCUCCUGGCUCGAGGAGCCUCAGCAACAGCAGGGACCAUAGCGGGCCUGACCCCACUUCACUGCGCAGCAGCUGGCGGUCACACCCUCAUUGUGCAGUUGCUGUUACAGCAAGGCACAGAUCCUGCUGGUAGGGACAAGAAUGGGUGGACAGCACUGCACUGGGCAACUGUGAGCAGCCAUCUGCAUGUCAUGGACUUGCUGAUGUGCCACGGCCUCUCCCCAGAUCUGGGCAGUGAUGGAGGCUUCACAGCAUUGCAUGUGGCAGCAGAGACUGGAAGAAGUGACGUUGUAAGGUUCUUGCUUGCAAAGGGAGCCAAUAUCAAUGUCAAGGAUGGGCUGGGGAGAACAGCACUUGUCAUUGCUGCAGACAAUGGUGAUCAAGAGAUUACAGGAGUGUUGCUGAAAGGCAAAGCCAAUGUGCACCUGAAGGACCACUAUGGCUGCACAGCUCUCCACAAAGCAGCAGCUGGAGGAUACCUAGCCAUAGUGCACCUCUUGGUUAAGGAAGGAGCUGGUGUCAAUGCUAGGGAUGGUUUGAAUCUGACCCCACUUCACAGAGCUGCCUACUAUGGGCAAAGCAAGGAAGCCAGUUAUCUCCUGGAGCAUGGAGCUGACAUCAAUGCUGCUGGCUGGCUAAACAAAACCCCGCUGCACCUGGCUGUGGAAAAGAGUCAUCUCCUUUUAGUGCAGCUGUUGCUGGGGAAGGGGGCUAGUCUGUCCCUGGGAACUUGCUGGAGUAAAACAGCAAAGGAUCUAGCAUUGCCAGGGACAUUUCCUGGAGACUCACCAUCCACUUCAGAGAGGCUGGCAGGUGUGAGCUGAACCAGAGUCCAGCCCAAAUGCAGUAAGCUCAGCCUGACAGAAGAGAGAACAAUUUUAACCUCCUGUUUUGUCUGACACCGUCGUGUGAAGGAAACAUCAGAUUAUCCCAGCACUCCAGUACUAAAAGAUAAAAUCUGGCAGUGCAAAGGAGCCCCAAAGUGGCUGUGAAGCAUAUUUACAGGUAAAUUACACCAACUUUAAGGCACCUUUGUACUACUAGACUGCUGUUAGGGAGCCUUAGUGUAAUCAAUGAAUCAUGCUCUGAUUUUUUAAAGGGUUCUGUCUUUAACAAAGUACUGCUGUAAUAUGCAUUUAAUACUACAGAUGAGAUUAAACCAUUUAUGGUGAUGCAUUUGAUAUGAGAUAAGACAGCCAAUGGACACCAAUAUGAAUCCCAAGUCGUAAAGAGAGG